GAAGGCAUUAUUAGCAUGUGAUAUUGUGAGGUUGAUGUGCGAUUUCCACAUUUAUCUCGUAAAUCAGGAACAUGACACUCAAAUAAUGGCAGAAUCCCAUACGCUGAACUCACUUGAGGUCGCUGCAUUUGACGCAUAAGAUUUUGCGUGAUAUAUCACGUGAUUAUACCCCGCCUCACCAAGACUGCAGUCAACUCGACAAAAUCUUCAUUCAACAAAAAUCUGUUAUUGCUCAUUGUCGGCCGUCGCAGUUUCACUGAAUACUCGGUUCUCAAAAGCAUGCGAUAUCUGUAUCAAAUAUCCCAGUCGCAUGAAAAUAUGUCACAUGAAAAUCAGUCUUCGACUUACUCAAGCUCCUCUAUACCACCUAAUGUGGCGAGUACUAUUCAUCCACAUUUAAAUGAAAGGCUCAAUAGCUUUGACAACAUUAGCGCUGAGGAAGAUGUGCUUCAAUUCAUUGGAUCGUCCAAUGGACACUGUACCGCCGCGAGAUCAAUCAGCGCUAAGGCUCGUGCCACUCAGUGUUUCGGCGAUAUGAGCGACCAUACUUUUCAGCAAGUUUCCCAUGACCGAACUCAUGUGUCUCGGAAGGAUAUCAAACCACUAUCAGAUUCAACAGUUACCGAGAAAGUCGGAGGGGGUCAAAGACUUGGCAGGAUACCUUGAUCAAAUUGAAGAAUGAACCUUAGAAUUUUGAGUGAAAUACAAUGCACUUUUCAAAAGGAAACUUUCAAAUAUCAAUCAUCUCCUUCACUACUCUAUAAAAUUCUCAAGUACCUCUCGAUUGGCUUCCUUGUCAACUUUCUGUCCUUUCACUUAAUUCCUCAUUUCAUUUACAAAGAAUUUCAUGUGUUGGCUUCGCUUUCCAAAUAAACCAUCAAUACAGUCUGUAUAUAGGAAAAUUAGUUAUUAUCGUUCUCCUCAAAUUUGAACGACAAUCUGGAAUUAUCACCUGGUGCUGAAGCCAAGCCGCCGGGUAGAGUUUCGAAG